CUCCGUCGCCAGCCCUUGUUUGGAUGGGGAUCAGCUGGGAUAAUAAUAACAAUAACGGCGGACAACCGGGGGCAGGUGAAGACGCUUUUUUGGGGGGGACCCGACAUAAGCAACGCGGGUGUUUAAUUUGACGGAUGCUAAUUUUUUGGACGCGUUCUUGUUACACUUUUGUGUGGGGCGGCUUCUUCCUGGAUUGCCCCCUACAAACCGACGGGCUGGGUGACUAAUAACCCCGCUAGCUUAAGCUAACAUGUCUUAAUUCUCACAUUGAAAGCUAUUCUUUUAAACACAUCGCACAACGUACCAUUAAUGUAAAUAACGCCUUUGGAUGUUUAGUUUUAUUGACAUCGCAGCGCCGCUACUACUACUAUACUUCUACUACUACCCGGGAAAGUGCUGCAAACUUUCGCGCGUCCCCCCGCGAAACAGCUGGCGGUUGCAAUAUUGCUCGCCGGGUGUAAAAAUGGCGAGUUUAUCGGCGCGUUUUUACACUUAAGUUUUCCGUUUUGAGACGGAUAUGGCUAAGUUAGCAUGCUGGCUGCUGGGCCUGCUCCCCUGCUGAGAACCUGCAAGUCAAAACAAAAGAUAACCUUCCUGUCUGGGCCUGCUUUGCUAUUGAUUGUUUAUUUUGUCUUCUAACUUCAUGAAGCUGUCGAGUUGCUCAGAAAGUGUUAAAAAAAAAGUUGUAUUGUGCAAUCAGGGCCCCCCCCCACACCCCACAUUAGAAGUGGUGACGUAUGCUCGAUGAGGACAUCACGUGGUGUCUCCACUGACCCUUCAAGAGGGUCCAUCUUCAUCUUCUUGUGACAUAGCGGACUUGAGUCCAGAACCGCCUUUUUGCCAUGUCAGAGACUCUGCUGACGGGCCGCACGUCGGAGGAUCUCUUGGCCGACUUUGAGACUUUGCUCAACUCCGGGGGCAUCGGCCCGGGUCAGGACCACCAGAUCGUCAUCAUCACCAGCCCCGGCGAUGGCUCGGGACUCCACCCGGACGCCGUCCCCUCCAGCACGGGCGAAGUCCUGCUCUUCGCGACCCCGCAGGGACCCGCCGACGUGGCCUUCCAGGACAAGCAGCGCCCGGCUCUGGGAAGACCACCGGUUAAGAGGAAGUUGGACCUGGAUAGCGACCAUCAGUACGUUAGCACAAGUCGACCGUCUUCCGUGCACGCGCCGCCAUCCACGCCUGCCCCUCCCAGAGUCCCUAGAAUCACCACGGAGAAGUCUCGCUACGACACCUCCUUGAACCUGACCACCAAGCGCUUCCUGGACCUCCUGUCCCAGUCGGCCGACGGCGUGGUGGACCUGAACUGGGCCUCGCAGGUGCUGGACGUCCAGAAGCGCCGCAUCUACGACAUCACCAACGUCCUGGAGGGCAUCCAGCUCAUCUCCAAGAAGUCGAAGAAUCACAUCCAGUGGCUUGGCAACCGAAUCGACGGGGAGAACGUGACGCGCCAUCAGAAGCUGCAGAGGGAGGUGCGCGACCUCACGGCGGCCGAGGAGCAGCUGGACAAGCUGCUCUCCAAAUGCAACGUCCAGCUGCGACUGCUCACCGAGGAACCGCAGAGCAAGAGGCUGGGCUACGUGCGCUGCCAGGACUUGAGGAAAUCUUUCGAUUCCCCGGACCAGCUGGUCAUGGUAAUCCGAGCUCCGCCAGAGACCCAGAUGCAGGUGUCGGACCCCAGCGAGGGCUACCAGGUGUCGCUGAAGAGCACGCGGGCGCCCAUCGACGUCUUCCUCUGCCCGGACGACAGCUCUGGCGUCUGCAGCCCCGUGACCGGAAGCAGUCCGGAAAAAGUCAACCUCUCCCCGCCGCCACGGCACCGGCAGCAGACACGACCUCGCCGCGCGACGUCGCCGGGCAAAGAGCGAAGCACCACAGCGGCCUUAGAGGUGGCGUUGUCCUCGCCGCUGUCCACGUCCUCUACGGUGACGGCAGCAUCUCAGCCGGGCGCCUCGCUAGCCGGUGACACAGAAUCCCUUUUGGGGGGCGACCCGUUCUCCAGCCUGGGGGACAUGGCCGACUUCAACUUCUCCACGGACUUCCUCAACGGUGAAGGCCUCGCCCUACCGUUGGACGGCUUCAUCAACUUGUCCCCGCCUCACAGCCGCGACUACCACUUUGGGCUGGAGGACGGCGCGGGCAUCAGCGAAUUGUUCGACUGCGACUUUGGCGACCUGUCGCAGGUUUUGGGGGAAAGCUAGAAGGACGGAGGAGAUCCAUGUCGGGAUUGUGGGAAGCGUGGACGUUGUAAUACAAGCUCUUCCUCGUUGUGCACCAGUCACAGGGCUAAAGUAGCGCGGUGGACCCUCGGAAGUUUAACAACAGUGGAAUUGAACGUGGGUACAAUUUUACCUUAGUUCUUCCCAUUUACGUAACAUUUUAGGAUGUCUUGUAAGUGCAAAAAGAAGUUACGUUUUUGGGAAAUGUCCAAAACGAGCAACUUUCAGUGUUCCUUUUUAAGAACCUUUUUAAAGUUACGUGCAUUAAAAUGCAAACAGAUUUAUGUAACUGUUAAUCGUAAAUGUUCAAAACAAUUAAACGUACUUCUAAUAACGUUCCUGUUCAAGUAACAUUUUUGCAAAAAAAAAAAAAAAAAAAUUCAAAAACGAUAAAACAUCGCAAAAUAUUUUAGUCCGGUUUUCGCCGUUACCAAUUAAGUAACAUUCGAGCGUUGUUCAAACAUGUUGGUAAAAAUACAUUAUGCAAGUAACGAUAAACCGUAACAUUUGAGCGCUAUUGCCAUCAUUUCCCUUAAAGUAACAUUUUAGCAUUGUUUAACAUUACAAAUAUUCGUAAACAAAUUUCCAUUUUUAAAGUUAAACACCUUAAAAGUCCUUAGCAUCACGUAAAAACCUUAAAAUUGCAAAGACACGUAGCAACUUUUUUUAUUCGUUCUAUCAAAACGACUAACAUUUUCAAAUCGUUAAAUGUCACCAAUGUGUAAAAAGUUAUUAAAAGUAAACGUAACGUUAAUACGAGUAACAGUUUCGCAUUGUUAGAUGUCAUCUAUGUUUAAAAAGUUAUCAAAAGUAAACGUUACGUCAACACGAG